GAUAACCAUAAUUCUGUGGUGUUGGCCUGUGCAAAGGUUGUUCAAUCUGCAUUGAGUUGUGAUGUGAAUGAGAACUACUUUGAUAUAUCAGAGAACAUGGCAACUUAUGACAAAGAUAUUUGCACAGCUCCGGUUUUCAGGAGCAGACCAGAUAUUUCUCUUGGAUUCCUUCAGGGGGGAUACUGGAAGUACAGUGCAAAACCUUCUAAUAUUCAACCUUUUAGCGAGGAUUCUAUGGAUAAUGAGAGUGACGAUAAACACACGAUUCAAGAUGAUGUAUUUGUUGCUGGACAAGAUUUUACGGCCGGUCUAGUUCGCAUGGGGAUCCUUCCUAGACUUCGUUAUCUUUUGGAGACAGAUCCUACUGCAGCUUUGGAAGAAUGUAUUGUUUCUAUACUGAUUGCCAUAGUAAGGCAUUCACCUUCAUGUGCUAAUGCAGUGCUGAAGUGCGAAAGACUUAUUCAGACAAUUGUGCAAAGAUUUACUGUUGGCAAUUUUGAAAUUCGAUCUUCCAUGAUAAAAUCUGUAAAACUCUUGAAGGUCUUGGCUCGUUUGGACCGCAAAACUUGUUUAGAGUUUAUAAAGAAUGGGUACUUCAAUGCCAUGACUUGGAACUUAUAUCAACUUCCUUUGUCCAUUGACGACUGGCUAAAGUUAGGGAAGGAAAAAUGUAAACUCAAGUCUGCACUGACCAUUGAACAAUUGCGUUUCUGGAGGGUCUGCAUUCGAUAUGGAUAUUGUGUGUCUCACUUCUCCAAGAUAUUCCCUGCCUUGUGUUUUUGGUUGGAUCUUCCUUCAUUUGAAAAGCUUACAAAAAAUAAUGUUCUGAACGAAUCUACUUGCAUAUCUAGGGAGGCAUAUCUUGUUUUGGAGUCUUUGGCCGAAAGACUUCGAAAUUUAUUUUCGCAACAGUGUCUAACAAAUCAACAUCCCGAGUCCACUGAUGAUGCAGAGUUCUGGUCUUGGAGCUAUGUUGGUCCGAUGGUUGACUUAGCCAUAAAGUGGAUUGCAAGAAGAAGUGAUCCAGAAGUAUAUAAAUUGUUCGAGGGACAGGAAGAAGGGGUGAAUCACUUCACUUUAGGAGAUCUCUCGUCAACUCCUUUGCUAUGGGUGUACGCAGCUGUGACUCAUAUGCUUUUCAGAGUUCUUGAAAAGGUGACAUUGGGGGAUGCUAUCAGCCUACAGGAAGCUAAUGGGCAUGUGCCAUGGCUUCCGAAAUUUGUCCCAAAGAUUGGACUUGAGUUGAUCAAUUAUUGGCAUUUGGGCUUUUCAGUUGCCUCUGUGACAAAAUCCGGAAGAGAUUCUGGUGAUGAAUCUUUUAUGAAGGAACUGAUUCAUUUGAGGCAGAAGGGGGAUAUUGAAAUGUCAUUGGCAUCAACCUGUUGUCUAAAUGGAAUAAUCAAUGUUAUUACUAAAAUUGAUAACCUGAUAAGGUCUGCCAAGACUGGCAUUUGUAAUCCCCCAGUCACAGAACAAAGUCUAUCGAAAGAAGGAAAAGUGCUUGAGGAAGGCAUAGUUAGUAGGUGUUUGGUUGAAUUAAGGUCUAUGCUUGAUGUUUUCACGUUUUCAGCUUCUUCAGGGUGGCAGCGAAUGCAGUCCAUUGAAAUAUUCGGCAGAGGAGGACCAGCUCCAGGCAUGGGAGUUGGAUGGGGUGCCCAUGGUGGAGGAUUUUGGUCAAAAACAGUUUUACCCGUAAAAACAGAUGCUAGAUUGCUUGUCUGUUUGCUGCAAAUUUUUGAAAAUACAUCUAAUGAUGCUCCCGAAACUGAACAAAUGACCUUCUCCAUGCAACAAGUUAACACUGCAUUGGGAUUAUGUUUAACUGCAGGACCUGCGGAUAUGGUUGUUAUAGAGAAGACAUUGGAUCUAUUGUUCCAUGUCUCUAUUUUGAAGUACCUUGACCUCUGUAUACAGAAUUUUCUCCUUAACAGGAGGGGUAAAGCCUUUGGGUGGAAAUAUGAAGAUGACGACUACAUGCACUUCAGUCGGAUGUUAUCAUCUCAUUUCAGGAGCAGAUGGUUAUCUGUAAGGGUGAAGUCUAAAGCUGUGGAUGGCAGUAGUUCUUCUGGCGUUAAGGCCACUCCAAAAGCCGAUGUGCGUUUGGAUACGAUAUAUGAAGACUCAGAUAUGUCUUCUACAACAAGUCCUUGCUGUAAUUCUUUGAUGAUAGAAUGGGCUCGACAGAACCUACCACUUCCGGUCCACUUUUACCUUAGUCCAAUCUCAACAAUUCCCCUUACCAAGCGAGCUGGUCCUCAAAAAGUUGGUAGUGUACAUAACCCACAUGAUCCCGCUAAUUUGCUUGAAGUGGCCAAAUGUGGACUUUUCUUUGUUUUAGGCAUUGAAACAAUGUCCAGUUUUAUAGGAACUGGCAUUCCUUCUCCUAUUCAGCGUGUAUCAUUGACAUGGAAGUUACAUUCAUUAUCUGUCAAUUUCCUUGUUGGAAUGGAAAUACUGGAACAAGAUCAGGGCAGGGAAACUUUUGAAGCUUUACAGGAUCUUUACGGUGAGCUUCUUGAUAAGGAGAGGUUUAACCAAAAUAAAGAAGCUAUUUCGGAUGAUAAAAAGCAUAUUGAGUUCCUGAGGUUCAAAUCCGAUAUUCACGAAAGUUACUCGACAUUUAUUGAAGAACUUGUAGAGCAGUUUUCUUCCAUAUCUUACGGUGAUCUAAUUUUUGGACGGCAAGUUUCAGUAUAUUUACACUGCUGUGUUGAAAGUUCUAUUCGACUUGCCACCUGGAAUACACUGUCUAAUGCUCGUGUUCUUGAACUUUUGCCUCCUUUAGAGAAAUGUUUUUCUGGCGCUGAAGGAUAUCUUGAACCUGCAGAGGAUAAUGAAGAGAUCUUGGAGGCUUAUGCUAAGUCAUGGGUUUCUGAUGCCCUUGACAGGGCUGAGAUUCGAGGAUCAGUUUCAUAUACUAUGGCUGUCCAUCACCUUUCCUCAUUCAUAUUUAAUGCUUGUCCUGUGGAUAAGUUAUUGCUGCGCAACAAUCUUGUUAGGUCUCUCUUGAGAGAUUAUGCUGGGAAGCAGCAACAUGAGGGAAUGUUAAUGAACCUCAUUUCGCAUAACAGGCAAUCAACAUCUAACAUGGAUGAGCAGCUGGAUGGUCUACUGCAUGAAGAGAGCUGGUUGGAGUCCAGGAUGAAAGUAUUGAUUGAGGCAUGUGAGGGAAAUUCCUCGCUUCUGAUCCAGGUAAAGAAGUUGAAGGAUGCUGCAGAGAAAAAUUCCUUGUGAAGUAUACAAGCAUGUAAAUAUAGGUCACUCAGAAAGAGCAACAAAGGGUAUUAAAUUUUGUAAGUGGAUUCUCUCAAAUGUUACUGAUUGGAGUGUAGUGACAUUUUGUAUUCCAUGAUUGACUGGUUUGGCUAUGAAGAUUGUUACUGUAGUAAAAAAAAAGGUUUCAUAUAGAUGAGCUGAAGAAUGUUACUGAAUUGGCAUAAACAUAUUACUUCAUUCUUACUCUUCAGUCUUCAUAUGAAUGGCACAUGAAUACAAUUCAUCAUUCUUCAUUUGCGCAGCA